GCUCACUCAAGGACAAAAAAAAAAAAACAGAGCGCAGCAUUGGAGGCGAGGAAGAGCUGUCGGCCGGAGAUGGACAAGUACUGGGAGGAGACGCAGCGCUACCUGGAGUACGAGGAGCUCAGCAUCUACUUGGAGGCGCAGGAGGACGCCAUGUCUUGCUACGACUCCAGCUCGCCGGACGGCUCCAUCUCCCACUCGUCGUCGUCGGCGGCGGCGUGCGGCAACAAGAACAUCCUGAUGGAGCGCGACCGCCGCCGCAAGCUCAACGACAAGCUCUACGCGCUCCGCAGCGUCGUGCCGAACAUCACCAAGAUGGACAAGGCGUCGAUCAUCAAGGACGCCAUCGAGUACAUCCAGCAGCUGCAGGUGGAGGAGCGGCGGGUGCUGCAGGAGCUGCGCGUGCUCGACGACGACACCGCCGCCGCCGCCACCGCGCAGGUGGAGUGCUGCGACGUCGACGGGGGCCUGCUGCGACGGGAAGCCGAGCGCGCGAAGAAGAUGAAGCGCGCGCAGUCCGUCGCCAGCGGCGCGCAGUCUGCUCCGCCUCCGCCCCCGCCGCCGCACGUCGAGGUGCUGGAGCUGCGCGUGUCGGAGGUGGGCGACCACGUGCUGGUGGUCAGCGUGACGUGCCGCAAGCGACGCGACGCCAUGGCCAGGGUGUGCCGCGCCAUCGAGGACCUCCGGCUCCGUGUCAUCACUGCCAACGUCACCUCCGUCGCCGGCUGCCACGUGCACACCGUCUUCGUCGAGGUAGAUAAAAUCGACCACAUCCAAGUGAAGAACAUGAUUGAGGCUGCUCUCACGUUGCUCGACGCCCCCGGAAGCCCCCACAGCUCGAUGAGCUAUUACGAGACCUAACUAUGUUGAGCAAUGCUUUUCGGACGUCUACUAGGUCAACAACUCAGUCCACAAUUAACCAGAAAGGAGUAUGUCGUGUUUUGCUACAAUGUGCUUGUUGUGUUUUUUUUCAACAUCACCCCUAAGAGAUGAUGGUUGUUUCCUCUAAGAUGCAGCUAGUGUACCAAGCAAUGUUUGGACUUCGUGUCAUACAUCACCACGAGAGUGACAUGUAUUUGUGUACUAUAACAUGUAUAUGCUAAAGAAAAUAACAAGGGGACUUGUCUUUC